CAGUGUUUGCGACACAGUGAGUGAAACAGCAACAAAUGUGACACCGUAGACGAUUCAAUGAAGCAACUAGCCUCACAUCAGGGUAGUGCGUGAAAUGUUCUUCGAUAUGGCCGUGAAAUUAUAUUUAACUGACGCGAGAGUAGGAUGCCGAAACAAAAGAAUAUUGGUUACUGCUGCACGUAGUAACCGUCUUCGUGCAAAAUGUUGAAUAUUACAACUGAGAAAAACGCAUAGCAGAUUAUGAAGUCAUUAUUAAACACUUGAAAUGAAAGUUUUGAGUUAUUUGAAUACGUAGUCCCUUAUAUUUGCCCUCAGCUGUGAAAAAGAAAUGCAUUUUUCUGUUCUAUGUAAAUUACCACGUGCAACAUUUUGUAGCGGCUCUCAUAAAAUGAAAUAAAACGGUGAUACUAUUUCGAUACCACAAUGGAAAAUUCAGAUAAAUUCGGUAUUGUAAUGGAAAAACCAAAGACAGAGCCUCCUAAUAACGAUACCUUAAAUUACGAUUCAGAUUUGUCCCCACAUUGUCACACUGUCGUCUCAGAGCUGUUAGAUUUAACAAAAUGUGAUAGGUUAGAUGGUUCUGGUGUAUGUGAUACGCGAACAGAUUCUUCAGCAAAUUGGUCACCACCAGAAAGCAUUUUGCGUCAGGCAUUAAUGUCAUUUGCCACAGCAGAGGAGAAAACUAUGCCGUGUUAUGAACACGGAAAAGACGACUUAAAAGACACAGAUGAAAUAUUUCAUGUGGAGGAUCUUAAAAUAUUUACCCCUAAUUUCUUUAAUGAUAAUAUGGUGGCAAAGGCGCAUCAGCUUGAUUCUCAGCAAUUUACAUUCUUCCCAUCAGAAACCAACCCUCUGCUUCCUGAUACACUUUCUGGCGUUUCCCAAGUGUGUCCUCUGAACAACAGUACAUUUAUUACAGCUCCACCUUUUGUGCCAUCAUCGUCAGUUGCUAGCCUUUCAGACUCAAGUCAGUUAUUUGUUACUUCAAUUGCUCAGCAUACUGCUCCAACACAAAAUACAUCACAUUUUUCCGUAACCACUUCGUCCUUGUCCAACAAAUGUGAUGGAUCCUUGUGUGAUAUAGCACUGCCAUCUGCAAACACCUUUGUACCCAAGCAGGACACAUUUCCAUCAUCAAAAGAUGUUACUAUGGAUGCUGCUUUCUCAGCAGUGCCAAAGACUGAGAACAACCUAACCAUUGAUGACUCUGUUCCAUUACCCUUAUUGUCAAAUUUGAAAUCAAGUUUAUCACAAGAUAUUCCAGAAAAUCAUCCCAAUCCUUCAAAUCUUGACAGGGAUGUUCUGACAACAGCUUUGUCUUCCUCUGCUGCCUUUGAUUCUGUCAGUGAUGAUGAAGACGUACCUAAAUUCCUUGAUUCUGGAGUAUCUGAUGUGUGUGAGACUGAAAAUGGCAUAAAGAUUGACAUAAAAUCAGAUGAUUCAUCUGAUUUUAGCCACAAUUCAUUGAUGCCAUUACCACAUACCAGGCACAAAAAUUCUAUCAGUCAAAGCACACUGUUGCCUAUGUCAAGUAACAUAAUCUUGAACAAAAAUGAGCAUUCCACAACAUCUGUUGAACAGAUUAUUUCAAUUCCUAACACGGUAUGUGGCAGUGAAUUGAACAUUCCACUUUCAGUUCCUGUCUCCUCUGACACAGUACAUGUAUGUAAUUCAGUAAUUAGUGGAGAAUCUGGACAAGUAACUUCUGUAAGAGAUCCUCGCUUAGGACAAACACCAUCUUGGCAAAACCAUGGAAUAUCUAUGGCAACAUUAAGUUCAGCUCGUGACAGAAUGCUUACAGAAUGCUCAGUGUUUGGACCAAAUACAGCUGCCACAAAUAUUUCUGGCAUCAAUGUUACAGCAAUGAUGCAAGCUACAGGUGCUGUUCAAUUGUCAGACACGUCUGCACAGUCACUUGAUAUUUCUGCACAGUCCUCACAGUCUUCCGCACCUGAUCAAGUUACAUCUGUAGUCACCAGUUUCUCAGCUUUGGACUCGUCUUAUGCUGUGCAGUCUCCUGCAGAAAUUCUAUCUCAGCUGUCUAGAGCUGGUGCUUUCCCUGCGAUGACAAGUAGUCAGGUGUCGUCUGUGCUGUCAGCUCUGAAUUCAGAAUUUAAUCAUGAUUCUGAAACUGAUACUGGUCCACAAGAUGAACUUAGUAAUGAACAGGUAUUGCAAGCACCGGUCAGUGUGGAAAAAGUUUCAACAACAACUCAGACUGAAGAUGUAAGUUCCACAGGUAAUAUAUGCCAAGAAAGCAAAAAGACCACAGAUGUGCACUCCCCCACAAUAGCCAGUGAUCAUGCAGAGAACACCACUAGUCAUUCAGGCAAAAGUAUUAAAAAACCAGAAGUUAAAGAUGGACCAAUGGCAGUCAGUACUAAAGAAAUGCCACCACUUGUGAAUCGCAUUCCACUGUACACAAAAAUUGUAGCUAUUAUCUUGAAAACAACACAGGCUGAAGUUAAAAAGACAGCAAUUCCAGUGGAUAACACCAAUACAAAAAAGAGUACUGAUAGUUCAUCUGUGGUUUCUACUAAUCCAACAGACAUUGCCCACAAGAAAGAAGAAAAUAUAUCACCUCCAGCUUCCAUUACUAAGCAGGAAACUGUUAGUGUUAAGCCAAAAAGCAAAUUGUUGAAUGAAGAAAAACCAAGUAAUGCAAAACUGAGCUCAAAAUUAAAAAAGAAGAAGCCGAAAAACAAUUGGUCUAAACCAAAUAGGAACUGCUCUGCAAGACACGUCCAUACAAAAAAUUCCGCAGUCAAACUUAAGAGACGCAAAAAAGCUAAACAAAAUAAUGAUAGUUAUAUUUCAAAAUUUGUUGAAAAACUUUUCUGUUACAGGUGCAAAUUUUGUCCAUUCAUUAGUCUGCAGAAAUGUGCAGUAAUUUUACAUAUUGAAAAGGAACAUGCGGCCAAUGUGGAAGCUUCAAGUGGUCCCAUGCAGUUAAAAUGUGUCAUCUGUCAACGCAUAUAUGAAGGUGUGGCUCCUCUCAAAGAGCACUUGCUUAGUGUCCAUAAACUGACUGAUGAAAAAGCCAAAGAACUCACAACUAGUUCACUCUUCAGGAAUAAGAAUUUAGUAAUAAAUCACGUUGCAGAGAAAGAGACCGCCAUUGUAGACAAGAGCGUUAAAAAUGAUUCUUCAGAGAUCAAUACCAAUGUUGCUGAGAAUAAUGAAAAACCAAAAGAUAAAACAUUCAUGGAGAAAAGUAGAAUAAGAGUAAAAAAUUUGGAGAGUGAGAAGGUUUCAUUUUCAGAGGUGUCACCUUCAGUGAAAGAGAAGGAUAGUGCAGAACAAGAAGUAGCAAGCUUUAAUGGUCAUGGAAAUGACUGUACCAGCUCACCUAUUUUAGACCAGACUGCUGCAGAUUUGACAGAUAUGGCUCAACAGAAUGAAGGCACUCAUAAAGUUAAUUCCUACAACUAUAAGCCUGCGUGGCUGCAGUGUCGUGUUUUGGUGAAAGAGGAUGGAGCCAUGGAAGCUGCAGAUGAAAAACUAAAAAUUGCUAGAAAACGUGGCAGACCAAAAGGAUCCAGAAAUCAAUUAACCUCUGGUAGUAGCAGAAAGAAAGCAAAUUCAACAAAUUCAACAAAUGAGAAGGAGACUGGCUUCAGCUGUAACAUAGACAACUGUGCAGUCCGUAUGCGCUCUCUAGAAAACAUUGAGUAUCACAGACGAUGUCAUAAUGGUGCCCAGUACUCUUGUCCAGAAUGCAGCCAUGUUCACUGCCAUUGGAAUGGAAUGAGCACACACUUAUGGCGGACACAUGUUAUAAAUAUGGAGCUAUUUUCUUGUGAUCAGUGCUCUUAUAAAACAACAAGUUACAGCAAGCUGAUCAACAUGCAUAAACGAAUCCAUGGCAGUGAGCGACCUUUCCUCUGUGAUACGUGUGGCAAGGGCUUCAAGAAUACAAAACAGUUACGAAAUCACAGGAGCAUCCACUAUGCAAGUUCCAAAUCAAGGCAAGAACAUGAAGGAGAAUGUGAUGUAUGUGGUCGAACUUUUUCCACUUUGCGCAAACUGCGACUGCACAAGGAUAACGUCCACCAUAAGGUCCGUCGACACUUGUGCAGUAACUGUGGCUACUGCGCGUCCUCCAUCAGCUCCCUGAAAAUGCACAUGAGGCAACAUACAGGUGAAAAGCCAUUCAAAUGCAAUGAAUGCGACUACCAGACCUCCGACCACAAUUCCCUCCGGCGUCACAAAAUGCGCCACAGUGGAGACAAGCCUUACAAGUGCCCUCACUGUACUUACGCUUGCAUUCAGUCCAGUACAUACAAGGCACACAUAAAAACCAAACAUCCAGGUCUAGAUAAUGGCUUGAUGUUUAGCUGCAACGAAUGUAAUUUUCAUACAGUGAAAGAAGAUAAUUACUUGGCACAUUUGGGAGAGCACAAACUGGGCACAUUUCCUGCCAACAAGAAGUUGAAGAAAUUGCAGGAGGAGGAUAGUGGAGGAUUUAAUUUCGAUAUGCCAUUUGAAUCAGAUUACGUUGCACACCUAGUUGAGCCCUUACUUGUGGACAGCAAUGGGAUGCGGCAACGUCUUCCAGAACUGAGUGUUCAUGCUGCAGAGACUAUUUCAGAUAUUCAGUUUCACCCAGGACGGGAAAAUGAACAAAUCAUGGGGGACUUCCAAGAACCUCGAGAGCUGAAGUUUAGUGUAUUGCAACAAGCAGCCCCCUGAAGAUACAAGCUAACAUCAUAUUCCUGACUUGAAAACUAAAGGAUGCUAACAGUAAACUGUUCAGUAUGCCACUUAAUUCACUGUUACUUUUAACUGAUCCUGUCCUACGCAGUGAAUAGAAGAGCAAAUUCCUUAUCCUUUGACUUGCAUUUUUUGAACUAGUCUUUAGAGUCCUCUUGCUUCUGUUGUUUUUCUUGUUGUUGUUGUUAUUACAAGACAUUAUUGUAUGCAUAAAAAUGUUUAAGUCACACAUAUGAUAGAGAUAUAAAGAAGUUGACACCGAGUCUCCACAAAAUGUAAGAUUUAUUUUUUGUGAUCAAGAAUUAAAAAUGUCAAUGGAAAAAAGUAGUCUGUACCGUGUAACAAGAGAGAGAAAUAUAAUAAUAAUAAUAAUAAUAAUAAUAAUAAUAAUGGUGCUCAGCUGGACAGAGAAAUGUAAUUUGUGUGAACUAUGUCACUUGGGCAUCUGGAUAUUGAAAAUGAUGCACAAAGUUUAUAACAAUGCAUAUAAGACAAUGGACAGCACCAUAUGACAUAAAGAUGUGAGAAGCUGUGUAUGGAGAAGAUCCUUUACACUUAAUUCUCUGGGGUAAUUAUUCCUCUUUAGCAUCUUUCUUGUCGUGUAUGUUGAAUGGUUCACAUUUCAUUAUCUUUUCGCAAAUUUUGUAUAGCUUGUUUUUGUUAUUUCUUCCACAAAGAAGGAGAUCUUUGGCUACAAAUCCCAGAUUCAGUGUCAGCUUUCAUAAUCACAGUGUAGACCAAUCUACAAUUUACUUUUCAGGUACACUGUUUCCAUUGCUAAAAAUUCUGCAACAUGCUUUGCAGUGGGUAAUAUUCACCUCUAAAUCCAUUUUUUGUGCCUGUCCUUUGAAAUCCUGUUUCCUUUGCUCUGUAAACAAAUACUUUGUUCAUAUUUUGCAACAAAGAAUAUGAUUGCUAGAUGUUCUGCAACUGUAAACAAAUACUUACUUUGUUCAUGUUUUGCAACAAAGAAUAUGAUUGCUAGAUGUUCUGCAACUUGGAUUCAUUGUUGGGUAUUACCCAAGGAGUAUUUGCAUUUGAAACAAGUCCCUGUAUAUUAAUGUUACAUUAUUUAUCAGACUAUGAGAUUUUUUUUUUUUAAGCAUAAGAAGCUAAUUGCAAGGAUCUUCUCUAAAGACUUGGAAAUGUUGGGAACAGAAUCUAAACUUGCAUUAAAAAUAUACAAUAUUUUGAAAUAGCUACCUAAUUUAUUUAAUUUGCUAUUUCUCUUGGAAAUGUUGGGAACAGAAUCUAAACUUGCAUUAAAAAUAUACAAUAUUUUGAAAUAGCUACCUAAUUUAUUUAAUUUGCUAUUUCUCAUAAUAUGUUUUUUGCGGCCAAUAUGAUCUUCUGUUAAUGUACAUAAUUGUACAAGUUAUGUAAGUAUGGUAAAUGUUGUUACAUUCAUUUUUCAAUUCACUGUUUUUCAUAUGAGACUGACAUUUAUUUUAAGGGGUUUAAUAUUACAUUAUUUUUAUAGGUUGUAAUUAAAAUAUAAUUUUGUAUUCUUCAUUUAGAAGAAGUACACAGAAUGUAUAUUAAUUGUUUAAACUAUUUUGUUUUUGUACAAUGGUUGUAAAACAAUGCAGAAAUUACAAUGCCAAAAUCUAUUUAUUUUUCUGUAUUUGUGUUACAAAUUAAAACUGACCAUAUAUAAAUAACGUAUGUUUCUUACAUUCCAUCCAUACAUUGAGGUAACAUUAUUGGAAGUGUACAAUGGUUUAGAUUUGAAGCAAUUUCCACUAAAUAAAUUAAUAGUAAUAAUGACAUUAAUUAUUAAAUGAAUGUCCAUGGAAUGUUAUUGUUUUAAAGGACUGUGAUACCACUACGUUUGUAUAUAGCUAUGUAAUCUUUAGUAUGUCCUAUUUCCUUAAAUGUUUGUAAUUUCCAUCCAACAUCUUGAAAGUCUUUAUCAAAAGGUGCUGGUUUUGAAUGUCUCCCACUACCAAUUGUUGGACCAAUGAUAAUGAGCCACCCACCUUCAUACACCUUCAAAUAAUCAUAAAAGGCCAUGUUGUUAUUAAAAUAACAGAAGAGGAGUGCGUGUUCCUUGGGAAGUUUUGUCAGUUCAUCAUCAUCUUUUACAAAUCUCAGGGGGAUGAAUGUGGGCGGUGCAUAUGGAGAUUCCCACCAUGCACGGUCUACUUCAACUCCUAUUACAGCCAAACCUGGCAAAAGAAAAAUUUUAAGGUCCCAUUUUUAUCUAACACCAUAACAUAACAUCAUUCUCUUCACCUGUGGCAUUGGUGAUUAACCACUCCAGUAGUCCAGUUCCACAGCCUACACUCACUAUCAGAGGAAUGUUUUCAUCUUUCAUUGUUUUUCCUAUGAAUAAUAAAUCCUCUUCUGUUGGCUGCACCCACAACAGAUGUCUGAAGCAUGAAGUACAUUCCCCAUGAUCCACAUUCAACAGUGAGAGAAUAUUUCUCCAGUCUCCUGGAAAAAGAUGACAUUUUAGUUGUGGAAGAGUAUUACAAUGCAUGAUACCUCAACUGCAUCCAGAAUAUAACAAAUAUAAAGGUUGCAACCUGAUACGCAGAUUUGUAUGAACUACACGUAAUAACAUCAGUAAUCGUUGUAAUGAAAUACAUCCAUCUUCUUUCUUUUGUACUGUACUGUUUUUCACCAGUGCUACUUAAAAUGUAGUCUUAUUUCAUAAGUGAAUCCACAACUCUCUCUCUCUCUCUCUCUCUCUCUCUUUAUCUAUCUAUCUCACUUACACACACACACUGUUUGGUAAGUAAUGUUUGGAAUAAUAAAUCACAGCAGAGGGAAAUUUUGUGACCAUUCAAUGUUUAUUCUGCCAAUGCUAUUCUGUGUUACACCUUUAACCUCACCAGCAGUAAUCUCAACGGGGAGAAUUUUGACAUUUUUUCUUUAUUUCAUGUAAUGUGUUAACUGCUAUGUAUGAACAGGCUUUGAGAGAAUUACCCUUGAUCUCUACUUUCAAAAUUUGUGUAACCAUGACAGUUUAAAAACACAUUUGAAGUUAAAAUAAUUGGAAAUUUCUAUGGUAAAGUUACCUCAGAAACAGAGAAACUUUGCCAAUAUGCUAAAAUCUGUGGAAACUCUAAAAACUGCAAAGGACAAGAUUAUUUAAACUAUGUAAAAUUUGUGUUCAAAGAUAUGAAACAAGAUCUCUUUUGCCAUCGAAAUGACAAGGACUUGUUUGAAGCUCUCUGCUUACUCAUUACAGCUUGGCACCUCUAUGUUUUUUAAUAUAAGCACUUAAUUCUUUUCAGUGGUUCUAAGUGGAAUAUUACAUCUUUUAGCUGCUUUCCACUGAUCAUUUCCCUACUAACCAUUGCAGAGACAGCAGGUCACAGAGUAAUACCAUCAUAGUUUUGAUACUUGUGGACUCCCAGCCUGGUCCAAUGUGCACCUUAGAAUUUUAAAAACAUUUAAAACAAAACAAAAUAUAUAAGAUAUGAUGAAGGAAAGUAUGGGAAAAGUUGAGAAAUUCUGGAAUGGCAAAGUUGUCCUAAUUACACCAAACUUGCUGGUACAACUUAACCAAAUUAUAUUAACGCAUCAUAAUGCUUACAUCUAAAUGUGAUUUGAAAGACAAUUAUAAGCUCUGCUAAGCAAGUCAAGUAGUUUAUACUCAAAUACGAAAGAAUGAGCAUGGCAAGACAAUUUUAUAGGGGGAAAAUCCUUCUCUAGGUAGAAACAAAACACCAAAAAACAAUUGUAAACAUGUGUCAGUACUGAAAAUAUGCAUAAUGGCCAUUGUUAAAUGUCUUCUUUGUAUGAUGCAAACAGUGGUGACUCUAUUGGUUAGUUCAGGAACUUUGCAAAGUGCCAAAUGCAACAGUUUUCAAAAAGUGGCAAGGUUGUCACAGUCAACCAUACAUUUUCCAUUUUGUUUGUGGUUUCACUGCAUACCCAGCAACUCCUCUUGUCACAAAACAACUACUACUUUAUACCUGUGGUUAAGGGAAAGAUUUUUAAAUUCCAUUUUACACUAAAUGAAAAUAGACAGUGUGAAAAUUGUGUAUUUUAAGCCUUGUGUAAUCAAGUUGUAUGAUUCAUAUAAAGCAAUAGUGAAAUUUAAAAUUUGUUAAAGACAAGUCUGGACCAUGUACCUGUGUCUUCCACAGUGGGCACAUGGCAGUAUUGCUCUCUAUCAUGUGCUCGAUUUGUAACUAUGUAAAGUUCUGUAUUAUAGAACUGACUGUUGAUUAGAAUAUACAUAUUAAUAUUAUCCUUUUUAACACUUGCCAUUACAAAUUUAAAACUGUUACAAUGUACCUUUCAGUAUUAUUGUGUUGGUAUUUGUUAAUAAAACUGUACAUUAUGUUGA